UGCAGUAAAACUACUUUUACAAGCGUCAUACAGACAUCGAUAUAUCCAAGGCACCAGCUUGUCUUGCCGGCUAAGACUUGAGUGUGAGAAGUAGGUGUGAAGAUAACCUGAAGUUGACAGGGUCAAUUUAAACAUCCCAUUGACUGUCAUGGCAGCUAAGAAUACUACAGCCAUUUUGGCACGGCUGCGGAGUGCUAUGAAGAAUCUUCCUGAGCCUGUCCAAGCUUACAUCAUUCCUUCUGGGGAUGCACAUCAGAGUGAGUACAUCGCCCCUUGUGACUGCAGAAGAAUGUAUGUUUCUGGCUUUAGUGGAUCAGCAGGUACUGCUGUUGUCACGGAAACCAAAGCAGCAAUGUGGACAGAUGGACGAUACUUUUUACAGGCAGAGAAACAAAUGGAUUCUAACUGGACCUUGAUGAAGAUGGGUUUGACCUCUACACCAAGUCAAGCUGAGUGGCUGGCUAAGGAGCUACCUGUGGGAGGGAAGGUUGGUGUAGAUCCCUACCUGAUGUCACUGGAUGCCUGGAAACCAAUGUGUAAACACCUGAAGAGCACGGGACACAGUAUGGUCCCUAUCAGCCAGAACCUGGUGGACUUGGCGUGGGGCGACCAACCUGAUCCACCUGCCAACCCUCUCCUUAUACUUCAGGAGAGUUACACAGGAAGGAAAUGGCAAGACAAAGUAACGGCGAUCCGAGGGAAAAUGAGUCGGGAGAAGUGCGGAGCCUUAGUUAUCACUGCACUGGACGAGGUAGCAUAUCUGUUUAACCUACGAGGGUCGGAUAUUGAAUACAAUCCCGUAUUCUUUUCCUACGCUGUCCUCACACAAGAUAGUGUCAAUUUGUUUAUCAGUGAUGAUAAGUUAGAUAAGUCUGUGAAACAGCACCUUCAGCUCAACGGGUCAAAUGGUCCCAAUGACCUCAAGGUGACCGUUCAUGACUACAGUGCUAUUGGCAAGUUUGUGUCCAGUCUACCGGACAGCGUGGAGGGGAAAAUAUGGAUCAGUUCCAAGUCCAGCUAUGCCCUGAUCAGUUCAAUACCGAAGACCCUGAGAGUAAAUCUACCCUCACCCAUUGCUCAGAUGAAGGCUGUGAAAAAUUGUGUGGAGCUCAAAGGAAUAAGGAGAGCACACGUAAAAGAUGCUGUCACUUUAUGUGAAUUCUUCUCCUGGUUGGAACGAGAGAUUCCCAAAGGCAACAUCACAGAGGUUUCAGCUGCUGACAAACUUGAGGAAAUCAAACGGGGUCAGGAUGACUAUGUCAGCUUGAGUUUCACCACCAUCUCUAGUACAGGGGAACAUGGAGCUGUCAUACACUACAAACCGACAGCCGAAACGGACAGGACAUUGACUACAGAAGAAAUGUAUCUCUGUGACUCAGGAGCACAGUAUAAGGAUGGAACGACAGAUGUGACCAGAACUAUACACUUUGGUACACCGUCAGAUUUCCAGAAGGAAUGCUUCACCAGAGUCUUGAAGGGACACAUAAACUUGUCAAGUGUUGUGUUUCCAAAUGGUGUCAAAGGACACAGUCUGGACACACUAGCUAGAACAGCACUAUGGGACGCUGGUUUGGACUAUAUGCAUGGCACAGGGCAUGGUGUCGGGGCAUUCCUAAAUGUACAUGAAGGUCCCUGUGGUAUCAGCUCCAGAGUGUCACUUACAGACGUGGCUCUCGAGGAAGGGAUGGUCCUGUCUGAUGAGCCAGGUUAUUAUGAAGAUGGACAAUUUGGAGUGAGAAUUGAAAAUUUAGUUGUAGUUAAAAAGGCGGAAACGAAGAACAAUUUUAAAGAUAAAGGUUUCCUAACCUUCGCACCCUUGACCUUGGUGCCAAUCCAGACAAAGAUGAUCUGUCCGUCUCUGCUGAGUGAACGAGAGGUAGAGUGGCUUAACACAUAUCACAGCACAGUCCAGGACGAAGUGGGCAGUGAGCUAAGACGACAGGGCAAGCAGGCAGCACUGGACUGGAUGAUGAGGGAGACAAAACCACUGGGCUGAUGUCCGAACCACUUGGCUGAUGUCUGAACCACUGGGCUGAUGUCUGAACCACUGGGCUGAUGUCCUUUACAGUGACAGUUAGACUGCUCUGUAUAUUGAUGUCUGACCACAGCUGAUAUUGGUGCAGCAUUACAUCAGCUAAAAAACGUGUCAUAUGUGUUGAUUAGUAUAUCAUUAUUUUGGAAUUAUUUAAACAGAGAAAAGAUUGAAUCAGGAAUUCUGGAUUAACUAAUAUUAAGAUCCCCUCCAGGGAAACUUAUCUUGAUACAGGUAUUGUAAAAGUCUCAGUUUGACUGUCAACUUAGUAUGUAAAAAUGUCUUUGAUAAUUAUUUUAAUGAAGAUCUUACUGUUCACAUGAAGUGGAAUUUCAGAUGUGUCCUUGUGAUUUAUUUUGAUAUUUAGACUUACAUGUUGUAUGAUCAUUUAUGUCAUCAGUCCCUUUUUUCUAUGCAUUUACAACUUUGUUAUAUAUUUAUUAUGUAUAACUGAAGCAUUUUGUAUAGGUGUACAAAACCAAUCUAGUGUGUGUACAUGUAUAUUUGGAUUUUCUUGAGUGUCUUUGUUUAUGCUGCAACAUUCUGGUACGGUAUGCCUGUUAUGCUGGUGUGUGAAUAUGUACCCUAUUCUGAUAUUACAGGAUAUCAGAGAUGUUCUGGUGUGCUAUUUUUAUCAGGAUCAAUGUUAUCAACACUGUACAACAGUCUAAGCCUAUUAUAGUAUUUUCAUUGUGCAGCACUUUGAAGAUUUUAGUACAAAUCUACCUUCUGUUGGGAAUUUUUCAACCCUGAAAUACAUUUUUUAACAAUUUGGUCAUUGAUAGUUUAAAAUGUCCAUGUACAUCUUAAAAAUAUCAUUAACACUUAAAUUAUAGACAUUGCUUCUUAUUACAUUAUAAUAAUUUUAGAAACUCAUAUAUAAGCCUUAUUGAAAAAAUCAUAACUCGUAUGUAAACCUUACUGAAAAAAUGUUCAGCAAUCAUAACUCUUAUGUAAAUCUUAAACAAUCAUUACUUUUAUAUAGGACGCUGGGUUCGUGACCGAUGGGUUGCGAGUUCGAGUCACGUCACGGUACUGUGUUGUAUCUUUGAACAAGAUACGUUACUCCGCUUGUUCUAGUCUAGUUCUAGUGUUUGGGCAGUGCUGGAAUUGUUGAAUGCUAGCUGUGAGCACUGAAAUGGCAGCACCGGCUGUUAGUCCGAAUUAUUCUGACGUUUUAUCGACUUUUUUCAUAUCGGUCUGUCGUCGAUUAACAAGAUACAUUAACACCUGGUAAACAAGAUUACAAUCAGUCUCAUUUGUUACACAUGUAAUUAGCUUCCUCAAUGUAAGGAAUUCGCCAAUUCACACACACAAAUAUGCAGCUGGAUAAGUUGAACAUAUCUCAUCUUUUUUGUUGUUGAUGUGUUUUGAUAUACAUUAUGUAAAUAUCCGAAUAUGAAUUUAAAUCAACAAAUGUGUUUACCACUGGAAAUUAACAACAAACCAAUGAUGUAGAUCAGUGAAUAGAAAAAUCUGCCCAGAGUUUUUUUGACUAUUGACUUGUGGUUAUGUAUGUUUGUUGGGGUGUUUUUAAUGCCAUUGUUUUUGCGUGUGACAGUGAGGAUGUGUGAACGUGAGUGAGCAAGGUGUAUUGUUCCAAGCACAUACAAAUACAUCUGUAUAAUCAACACUCAGUAACUUUCUGGUGUAUUUCUCCUGGCAAUGGUCAAAGUACAUUAUUGCAUAAUAAUAUCAUUAUACAAAAAAUAUUCUAAUAUUGAUCAAGAGUGCAUGUUAAAAGAAAACCUCUAAUCAUACAUGUUUAUAUACAUAGAUAUGAGAAUAUCAGCUGAUAUUGGCAUUGGAUCUGAACACUAUUGGAUGUGUACAUGUAUUAAUAAAUAUAUCAAUAACCACACUGACAACUUUUAUACUUCGUUCAGUAUACCAGCCUAAGAUAAGACUCUGCAAUAUACACAUUUUCUUUGGAUGGUAAACAGAAAAAAAUAUUUCGAAGUUAAAAGGAGAGAAUCAUGAAAAUUGAUCAGCAAAACUAUUACCUAUGGGGUAAGAAAUCCGGAAAUAUCACCAAUAUUGAUAUUAUCUCAGGAUUUCCAUGUACAAGAAUCCAUGGAUCAUAUCAGUUUAAGGUCCAGGUAAUAUUGGACAGCACACCCAAAAACAUCGCCAGGAAAUCUCGGGAAGUCCUUGCACCAAGACAUGUUACAAGUCUGGACUUCUAAGGACAGUCUCGACACCAGGGCCCAGUUGUUCAAAAGGUGAUGAGCUUAAUCAGUGAUUAUUGCAAAUCUUAAUUUUGUGUAUCUUUAAGACUCAACCUUUGAAUUAGUAACAAUUUCUAGAUAUCAAGUAUUCAGUUGAGUGAAUGUACAUGCAAAAUUGUGAGAUUUUUUCUUGUAUAUUGACAAAACUUUUAAAGGUUUAAAAAUGUUGUUAAACUGUGAUAAAGCUAACCAACUUUUGAAUGACUUGGCCCGGAGAUUCUCUGGAAAACAGAAGCAGGACAUAAAUACUGCAUCCAUUGGGGGGUUAUAUUUCAACUUAAAUAAAUAUUUCUACCUUGGAGCUUUAUAAACAUAUGAAUUCUGGAAAAAAAAUAUGAUGAAAUCGACAAUAAAGUGAAACAACGAUA